AUGGAAACUUUUCCGCUUAGAAGGUCUGCAAAUACAUCACCCGAGUCUCCUACAUAUCAGUCAAUGACCAAAAAGAACACAAACAACGGCAGCAGAGCGACAUUCGUGUCCUCGCCAGAUGAAGACAUGAUUGAUAUACAGACAUCGCGACCCGCGGGGGGCGGAGACCUCCACCGCACCACAAGACUUGGGGACGACGAGGACGAUGGCAUAACGCAUUUUGUUGUAGAUUCGGUCGCUUACUCCGGAACGCAAGAAUCUGGGGAUAUUCCUGGCAUCGGUCAAUAUGACGAUUUCCACACCAUCGAUUGGCAAAGGGAUAUUGCAAGGGACCGUAUGCGACACAGAUAUAUUGUGAAGAAGAAGCAGGACUCCUUGUGGAAUCUAAUAGAAGGCGCCCACGACGCCUGGUCGGGUUGGUUGUGCGUGCUAUUGGUGGGUUUGUUCACAGGGGCUAUUGCUGGUGUGAUCGACAUCGGCGCCAGUUGGAUGACGGAUUUGAAAUUCGGCAUUUGCCCGCAGGCCUUCUGGUUGAACCAAGAACAGUGCUGCUGGUCGUCGAAUGAAACCAGCUUCGAAGGUGGCAACUGCUCUCAGUGGGUGACUUGGCCUCAGUUGUUGGGACAUUCGCGAACGGGAGCCGGAGCGUACGUAAUCUCGUAUUUGUUUUACAUUAUUUGGGCUCUGUUAUUCGCUGCUCUCUCCGCAUCGUUAGUGCGGAUGUUCGCGCCUUACGCUUGCGGUUCCGGUAUUCCCGAAAUUAAAACGAUUCUGAGCGGUUUUAUCAUACGAGGAUACCUCGGCAAAUGGACGUUGAUCAUCAAAUGCGUCGGUUUGAUACUAUCGGUUUCGGCCGGGUUGAGUUUGGGCAAGGAGGGGCCGAUGGUGCACAUAGCGUGCGCUAUCGGUAACAUUUUAUCGUACUUGUUCCCCAAAUACGGGCGGAACGAGGCUAAGAAAAGGGAGAUUUUAUCGGCGUCCGCCGCCGCCGGGGUGUCCGUGGCCUUCGGGGCUCCGAUCGGCGGGGUACUCUUCAGUCUCGAAGAGGUUAGUUAUUACUUUCCGCUGAAGACGUUGUGGAGGUCGUUUUUCUGCGCUUUGAUAGCGGCUUUCAUACUGAGAUCGAUAAAUCCGUUCGGUAACGAGCAUUCGGUGUUGUUCUUCGUUGAAUACAACAAACCUUGGAUAUUUUUCGAAUUGAUACCAUUCAUUGGUUUAGGAAUUAUAGGGGGUUUAAUUGCGACUGUAUUCAUCAAGGCUAAUUUAUAUUGGUGCAAGUACAGGAAAUCCUCGAAAUUGGGACAGUAUCCCGUAACAGAAGUGCUCGUCGUUACCGUCGUCACGGCCCUAAUAGCUUACCCGAAUCCCUACACGAGAAUGAACACCAGCCAGCUGAUUUACCUCUUGUUCAGCCAAUGCGGCAUCUCGAAUUCCGACGAUAUGUGCGAUUACAAGCGCAACUUCACCACCGUGAAACCGGUGAUCGAAUUCGCUCCAGCAGGACCCGGCGUACACCGAGCCGUCUGGCUGCUCAUCUUAGCUCUGAUCCUCAAAUUAAUCAUGACUAUAUUCACUUUCGGCAUGAAAGUCCCUUGCGGUCUGUUCAUACCUUCGUUGUGUUUGGGGGCCAUCGUCGGACGCAUCGUUGGAAUCGGUAUGGAAACGCUGGCUUUCCACUAUCCGCAGAUUUGGCUAUUCAGCGGCGAAUGCUCGACGGCGGACGAUUGCAUCACGCCCGGUUUGUACGCCAUGGUGGGGGCGGCGGCGGUCUUGGGCGGCGUCACGCGCAUGACGGUAUCCUUGGUGGUGAUAAUGUUCGAAUUAACAGGCGGCGUGAGGUAUAUUGUACCUCUAAUGGCGGCGGCUAUGGCUAGCAAAUGGGUGGGAGACGCCUUAGGCAGACAGGGCAUCUACGACGCUCACAUAGCUCUAAACGGAUAUCCGUUUUUAGACUCCAAAGACGAAUUCCAGCACACCUCGCUGGCGGCCGAUGUCAUGCAACCCAAGAGGAACGAAACGUUGAGCGUCCUCACGCAGGAUUCGAUGACCGUGGACGACGUGGAGCAGUUGCUGAAGGAGACCGAGCACAACGGCUAUCCGGUGGUGGUGUCGCGGGAGUCGCAGUACCUCGUCGGGUUCGUCGUCCGGAGGGAUUUGAAUUUGGCCAUCGCGAACGCCAGGAGGAUGGUGGACGGCAUCUGCGGCCAGUCGUUGGUGUUGUUUACCGCCGGCAACGCGCCCCAAACGCUCGGCCCGCCGCCGUUGAAGUUGAAGAAGAUUUUAGACAUGGCUCCGAUCACCAUCACCGAUCAGACGCCCAUGGAGACUGUUGUAGAUAUGUUUAGGAAAUUAGGGUUAAGGCAGACGCUUGUCACGCAUAACGGGCGAUUGUUAGGAGUGAUAACGAAGAAAGACGUCCUACGGCAUAUUAAGCAGAUGGAUAACGAAGAUCCCAAUUCGGUCCUUUUUAAUUAA